AAUGCACCCGGGCAGCAUCAGUACCAGAACAGUGAAAGGUUGGGUGUAUAUUCGCCGCUGAAGAGUGGAAAAGAACUCUCUGUGGACUAUUUUAUCGCUGCUAUUGGCACCUUAAGCGUCCAACAUGGGGGAGCACAAGGAGUCUCUUCGGAAGAUCAUCACAACUUUAGCUCUGAAGAAUGAUGAGAUCCAGAACUUCAUCUGCUGUCUCAAGCAAAGCCUGCAGAAUUUAGAGGCCAACUCCACGCGCGUGCAGGAGGACCUGGAGUCGGAGUUCAGCUCCCUACAGUCAGUGCUGGACGAGCUGAAGGAUGGGAUGCUCACGCGCAUCAAACAGGAGCGAGCCAGCCGCACAUAUGAGCUCCAGAAUCAGUUGGGUGCCUGCACCAAAGCUCUGGAGAGCUCAGAGGAACUGCUGGAGCUAGCCAAUCAGACGAUCUGCUCCUCGGAGACAGAUGGCUUCACACAGGCGGCCAAAGACAUUAAGGAUAGUGUGACAAUGGCACCUGCCUUUCGUUUGUCACUGAAGGCUAAAGUCAAUGAUAACAUGAACCACAUGAUGGUUGAUUUUACCCAAGAGAGAGAGAUGCUGCAGGCAAUCAAAUUUCUCCCAGUGCCUCCAACUCCAGAGAUCCUGGCCUCUGAGUGCCAGGUGUGUGACAACACCGUGGCGGUGGUGUGGGCCUUACCGGAGCCCGACUCCAAAAUUGACCACUACGUCCUGGAGCACCGGCGCACCAACCACGAGGGGCCUCCACGGGCCCGAGAGGACUACCCCUGGAUGGUGGUGGAGGGCAUCCGUGAGACUGAGCACACCCUCACAGGGCUUCGAUUUGACACCCGCUACAUGAACUUUCGUGUGAAGGCGUGUAACAAGGCGGUGGCUGGAGAGUUUUCCGAACCGGUCACGCUGGAAACGCACGCCUUCACAUUUAAACUGGACGGGGGCUCUUCCCACCAGAACCUGCGGGUAGAGGACCUCAAUGUGGAGUGGGACAGCACUGGAGGAAAGAUCCAGGAGAUGCGCAAGGACAAGAACCGAACCAACUCGCCCAUGCAUUCCCCCGCCAGAUCUGCCAUGAUGUCUCCAAAGAGAGUCCCUUCUGCCCGAGUGGGCAGAGACCGCUUCACUGCGGAGUCGUACACAGUGCUUGGCGACAGCAUGAUUGACGCGGGGCAGCAGUACUGGGAGGUGAGCUUCGACAAGGAGAGCAAGGCGUUUGCGGUCGGCGUGGCCCUGCGCUCGCUGGGCCGCUUCGACCAGCUGGGCAAGAGCAACGCCUCCUGGUGCAUCCACCUCAACAACUGGCUGCAGCAGAGCCUGACGGCGAAGCACAACAACAAGGCGCGCAUGCUGGACUGCCCCAUCCCCGACCGCGUCGGCGUGUACUGCAACUACGAGGAGGGAACAUUGUCCUUUUACAACGCCAGAACUAAGCUUCUCAUCCACACCUUCAGAACUAAGUUCCAGCAGCCUGUCAUUCCUGCUUUUAUGGUGUGGAAUGGUAGUUUCACGGUGCACACAGGCCUGCAAGUCCCCAGCAUCGUACAGUGUGGCCAGAAGAGGAACAGCGGCACCAGCAGCUCCAACGCCAGCCUCACCUAGACCCCAAGAAGCCCCCCCCCCCACGCCCGCACUGCACCGCAGAACCCACAACCGCGUCCCGGAUCCUCAGCACCGGGCUGGCACCGGUCCAGGAGCACAAACUCGACCCAGCACACGUACCAUGCAGCAGCAGCAGCAGCAGCAGCAGGCGAGGAGACUCCAGUCACUCCAUCUUCAACAUGUUCACCUGCUCCACCUGUGGCUGGGGUUUUUAGAGGGACGGUGGAUGGGGGCGUAGGGUAGUGAAAGAGCAGUGCAGUGCUAGUCUCAUUUCAUUCAGCGCAAUCCUCUGUGCCUUUCAGCUCAAUAGAAUGGACAUUGAGGCCUGCUCACAUAUGUAAACAUAUGCUACAAAGAUAGGCGCUGUAGGGGUUACAAAGAAAAUUGUAUUCUGAUGUAUGUAUGUUUAUGUGUGUGUAUAUGUAUGUAAUGUAUGUAUGAUAAAAGAGUGUGUGUGUGUGUGGCUGUGUGAGUUUGUGUGUAUGUCACAAAGGCCAAAUAACUCAUUUCCAAUCUUACAACUGUGUUGAUCAACCGAAGUUAUGUUAACAUUUCAUUGGGAUUUGCACUACUUUUAAAUGCAACUGAAAAGCAUGUUAAUGUAACUUUGUUGUGCCGCACUGUCCGAACCUUCUCGUAGCGUAGAUAUAUUACACGCUGAAUGUUGCGAAUCAUAAAGCCUAUAACUCUACCAGCUGCUUUUCACUACACUUCAGAACUGUUUUACGGUCAUAGAUAUACCAGGUAGCACAGCCGCCUGCUUGUAAACAUUUGAAUAGCGUUCAACCUCAAAACUGAAUGUAUUUAUUUCAAUAUUGCCAACUCAAAUGCAAAGUAGAUGAAUCAGAGCAGGGCAGUAAGCAGGCAUUUGGCCUGUAGUCCAGUUAAGGGGCCCCUGCGUGUAUGUCAGCUGUAGUGUAGUAUUACCCCUGUAGCCUCUUGAAUGGAAAACAAAGAACAAAGAACAGCAACACUUUAGCCUGCAUCGACUUCCUCAUGGUAGAUCAUAAUGCUACCGUCAGGAUUUGUCAUUCAAGGAAUCCUAAACAUUUGAAGAUGGUACACAGUCAAGUCACAGAUGUCACAGAAUUUGUUGGGUGUGUCAGCUGAUCUUUCCUAUUGUUUUUCUUUUUUUUAGAAAAAAAAACAGCAUUUCAACUGAAGUUCCCUAAAAAAAACACAAUUAGAGACGUGCAGUACGGUGUUGUGGGAGAUCCUGCAUCUGUGUAACAGUUUGAAGCCCUCUUGUGCAUUUUAUAUCUAAACCUAAGAAAUGUGUGUGUAAUUCUCAGAUACAGUCUUAGACAGAACUGUGUUGAUCCCAUGAAGGUGUUAUGUAUGCCUUCAAAGAUCAAGUUCACUUAAAGAUCUUCAAGGAAGUGUUCAAUUAUUUUUUUGAAUGCCUGUUUGUUCACCAUUGCGGAUGUGUAUUCUAAUCUUACACCUAGAAUGGCAGCCAGGGUGAUGUAAUAGUCAUAAUUGUACGUUUCCAGUAAUGCAAUGAUG